AUGAAAAUCAUAAAUCUUUUGAUUUCUACUAGCAUUGGUACAUUUCUAGGUAUAUUCUUGGCUUUUGGCAUCAACUCAGUCCUGAUACAGAUAUCAACCAAUGCCUUUUUUAAUGUCUACUAUGGCAUUCUGUUCUUUGUAUUCGGAAUCUCACUACUCUAUAGAAUCAACAACAAAAACAAGAUUCAAAGUCUAGCCACAGGUGGGAGUAGUGGAAGCAAUGGAAGUGAAUAGAAUACUGAAAAUGCAGGAGCAAGUACACAAGGCUCACUCAGUAAUCCUAAUUAGAGUUUCAAUACUUUCUUGUUUCCUCAGUUUGGUACCUCUAGCUUGUUCAAGGAUUAAAAACAAGAUAAUCAGUAAAAUGUAAUGCAGCAGACAAAAGAUUUGAUAUAGUUGCGAUAGCAGAUGCAAACCUAGAACCAAUCAAGUAAUGCCUUUAUUUACAGCUCUCAACUCGUACAUAACCCCUCCCUUUCAGUUGAAUCGUGCAUGCUCUCUUCGGAAAGCAAUCGCCGCAUGGUCAAGCUAAAUUCGAUAAUCUAGGUGCUCUUUUCAAUUUUCUUGUUUUGCUCUUCACUCUUGUGCUUUACCUUAGAAAAGGACUGGUUUAAAAACAUUCCAGCUAAGAGUAAGAUUCCCAGCUAUGCACUCUUUGGAGUCUCUCUAGCCUUCACUUUCAUCUAUGCCAUAGUGGAUUUUAUCUAGUUUAUUAAGGACUAUUUCACGCAGACUUAUUACACCUACUACACUCCUCUGUCCAAAUCAAAGGAGCCACUUUAAAACCAACAGAUAAUAGUCAGUAAUCUACAGAUAUACCUGCUUCUAUCUAUGUCCUUCAUUAUUGGGGCAUUAUUCGGUGCAAUAUUUGGAAUUGUUGAUGUCGAAGACUAUUAUAAAAAUAAAUUUGUGCUCUAUACUGUUCUUCAAACUGAAAUUUCUCUUUGUGAGCCAAUUGGAAUAUUGCUAGGAGCAUUUACUGGGUUUAUGCUGGAAUUCUUGAGAUAGCAAGAAAUUAUGAAUAGAACAGAUGAACCAGUGAUAAAGCAAUUUGCAGAUAGCGAUGAAGAAUCUGAGGGGAUGCUUGAUCAGCAAUCACUCAAGACUCUCCCACAAAGAGCCACUAACAUUGAAGAUCCAAAUACUGAGUCUGAUGAGGAGGAGAAUAAUGAAGAGUUAUCAUCGUUAAUAAAAAUCUGA